GGCAGUGAAUUUCGGAACGCAAUCACCGUGUGAGAUACAUGAAAUAAUUGCAGCAUCGGCGACAUCGACAUCAAUCGUCUGUUUCGGAGUUACGUUUGCCAUCGUUAUUAUAUUAACGGAUAAUCAUGAGUUGUGGUUUCGUUACUUGCGGACCGAACGAAGCACUCGUCGUUUCAGGAUGCUGCUACAGCAAACCACUUUUGGUACCUGGAGGUCGAGUAUUUGUUUGGCCUAUUGUACAACAAGUACAAAAAAUUUCUUUGAACACAAUGACUUUACAAGUUGAAAGUCCAACAGUAUAUACCUGUCAAGGUGUACCAAUAUCUGUUACAGGUAUAGCACAGGUAAAAAUUCAAGGACAAAAUGAAGAAAUGCUUUCUACUGCAUGUGAACAAUUCCUUGGAAAAUCUGAGGAAGAAAUACAUAAUAUAGCUCUUGUUACCUUAGAAGGACAUCAACGGGCUAUAAUGGGCAGUAUGACGGUAGAAGAGAUUUAUAAGGAUCGUAAAAAAUUUAGCAAGGAGGUCUUUGAAGUUGCAAGCAGUGACUUGGUUAAUAUGGGCAUUACUGUGGUGUCAUAUACAUUGAAAGAUAUCCGUGACGAGGAAGGGGCAAAGGGUUAUCUGCAAGCGCUUGGUAUGGCACGUACGGCUGAAGUGAAGAGAGAUGCUAGAAUAGGUGAAGCAGAAGCUCGCAGAGAUGCACAGAUUAGAGAAGCUAUAGCCGAGGAACAAAGAAUGGCUGCACGUUUCUUAAACGACACAGAAAUCGCGAAAGCUCAACGUGACUUUGAAUUGAAAAAAGCUGCUUACGACGUUGAGGUUCAAACUAAAAAAGCUGAGGCUGAAAUGGCUUUUGAACUGCAAGCGGCGAAAACUAAACAGAGGAUUAUGGAGGAACAGAUGCAAGUAAAAGUGGUAGAGCGUAGCCAAGAGAUUGCUGUGCAGGAACAGGAAAUGCUGAGACGUGAAAGAGAAUUAGACGCAACUGUACGACGCCCUGCUGACGCAGAAAAAUAUAGGUUAGAGAAAAUGGCUGAAGCAAAUAAAUUACGUCUAGUAAUGGAAGCUGAAGCUGAAGCUGAAGCUAUUAAGAUUCGCGGUGAAGCAGAAGCUUUCGCUAUCGAAGCAAAAGCUAAGGCAGAAGCGGAACAAAUGGCAAAGAAAGCUGCCGCAUGGAAUGAAUACAAGAGCGCAGCCAUGAUAGAUAUGAUGCUUGAUACACUUCCAAAGGUUGCUGCCGAAGUCGCAGCACCUCUUUCUCAAGCGAAAAAAAUAACUAUGGUAUCGAGUGGUAAUGGCACCGUCGGUGCAGAAAAAUUAACCGAAGAAGUUUUCAAUAUUGUACAACGUGUGCCGGAACUCGUAAAGAAUUUAACAGGCGUGGAUAUUGCAAAGUCGGUUCAUGCAGCGUAAAUGUGCAAUAUAAAGGAUCUUUUAAUUAUUUCCCAAUUACACGUUGUACUUUAACAUGCACAUUUAUAAGAAAUAUUUAAUGGAUCUUUGAUAUAUACAUUUAUUUUAGAUAUUUUGUCUUGUAGUAAAAGUCAAGUAUUAGAAUUCUUAUAUUGAAGAAAAAUUCAAUCGACACUUUUGCUGCCAAUUUAUAGCAUUUAUGUCAUGUGUCUCAUAUGUAAUAAUAUAUAAGAUAAUAAUAAUUUCAAAUUGACUUACUUUCAAUCCUGGAAAUCAAUAUGGAAUAAAUUUAAAUUAUUUAAUUUAUUACAAUCUUUUAAGGAGCAUACUCAAGAAAUUCAUUAUUCUUUAUUCCAAUGAUUUUUAUUUGGGCAGUAAAUGUGUGAUGCAAUGUUAGUAGUUUAUAUUACUGAUAUUAUUUUUAUACUGUUUUCUAAUUGAUAUUUGACUAUUUAGUAUAUUUUAACUAACUUUAGAUAACAUGCUAGUCUAUUUUAUUAAUUCAACGUAUCUGUUAAUAAAACGUACAUACAUAUAUACAUAGUACAUACAUACAUAGUACAUAUAUGUGUGUGCGUGUGUGUGUGUGUGUGUCUGUGUAUAUGUGUCCAUUUUAUCGAAUCUCUGAAUUGACUAUAAUGGUCUAUAUUCAUUUAUAUCUAUUUCUAUGCCAAUAUGUGCCGAAUGUCAUUCCUCCAAAUAUUCUACUUCUAUGCGUACCUUCCAAAUGUAAUUACUAAAUAAGUGUUUAGAGAUAUAAAAGUAUUAAUGUUUCUUAACAUCAUUUAAUAUUCUUUAUUCAAUGUGGAGAGAUCUUUUCUAAUCCUUGAGAUAUAAAUGAGGUUCACGUGAUUUUGAGCGAGCGUUUUAUUUUCUGUAUCUUAACAAGAUGUGACAUAAAGGAGAAUAUAUAUUUUAUUCGUGUA